AUGGAUGGUGGUGUGAAGGUGCCGGAGGCGGGCUUCCCUUUCCACCGGGUUGAGGGCGAUGGCAAGGAGGGCAAACUCGAUGAAUUCACCCUGAAAGUAGAUGUGGACCAAAUUCUCAAACGUCACGCUGGAAACAUAGGUUUUGUGCAACUUGCCAUGGUUACCGUCAGCGCACUUACCCUACCAGCUGCCGUUUACUUUCCCGUAUUUGCUAACGCCCAACUACCACAUAGAUGUCGAAUGGACCAGGCUACGGAGGAUCGGUACAGGUCAGAGUUUAAUGAAUCAAUCAGCGACUCAUUUGACACGGUUGCUGCCUUAGUAGGUCCCUGGACUUCGUCCACCCUACCUGCCAGUAUGGAGGAUCGCGCGUUCGGUUGUCAUAGGUACCAACCCCCAAUCAUGUCACCAAUCACUAAUCAGACUCAAUUGUCUACCAUUCCAUGCGACAAGGGCUAUGUGUAUAAGUUUUCCCCUCAGCAGUAUCCUGGAGGCAUAGUUAACGAAUGGGACCUGGUGUGUGACCAGGCCUGGAAGGUGCCAUUCAGCACCUCGAUGUAUAUGGUAGGCAUGCUCGUCGGUUUUGUCGCCGGAGGCUUAGCUGGUGAUCGAUUCGGUCGUCGGCUGACGGCCCUCAUCGCGUGUAUCUUUGAAGGCCUGUCCACGAUAGCCGUCUCGUUGUCACCCAAUUUCUGGUGCUAUGUCGUCUUUCGUUUCUCUCUUGCUUGUUCCUGCUCCAUCAAAAUAGCUGUUCUCCUGGUUUUGUGCAUGGAAAUGACCACAGCUCAUCAGCGCUCCCUUAUCAAUGGAAUAUGGACAAUCACCAUAUGUUUUCUAUUGAGAGUUAUGCUUUCUCCAUUGGCCUACUGGUUUCCUGAUUGGCGUUGGCUACACGGCAUUUUGUGCAUGGGUACCUUCUUCAGCUUCCCGUCAAUUUUCCUAUUUCCUGAAUCACCCCGAUGGCUCGUUUCACAGCAUCGGAAUGCAGAUGCCCUACACCAACUCUACAAGAUCUACCGGGUGAAUCUACGAAUGAGGCUUUGUAAGGAAAAGGCGGCACCAGUGACGGAGGAGGAGUUUAUUCGUAGGAUUCAAGAGGAGGCUUCAACACUGAAGACGAAUGGUUCUAAAUCGGCAUCCUCGACUCAUCCACCGCAAUCGCAGUUUGGUCAAGUGCUCAGGACUUUCAGAGACCGCAAGAUGGUCCAAAUAACCGUGCAGUGCGUUCUCCUCUUCUCCGGUCAACUGGCCACCACUUUUGGCCUAAUCUUCUACGGCAGAACCGUUCGUGCGAACGUCUACCUGGUCAACUUUUUUAACUCCGCCACCCAAAUCCCCGCAACCAUUAUCUCGGGUCUGAUGUACCGCUACUGCAAGCGGCGUAAGCUGCCCAUCAUGGUGAUGUACAUCUUAUCCCUUGUCAUUCUCACCAUUGCCUCGAUAUACAAUUGGGCUGUGAAACCCGAAUCGGACCUUGUGUUAAACAUUUGCUGCAACCUUGCACUGAUCCUGUUGGCUGCAGCGCUGAAUAUGGUUUUCAUGUAUGUGCCUGAGCUCUUUGCCUCCGAGGCACGAGCUCUGGGACUGGGCAUGGCCUCUGGACUGGGUCGAGUCGGCGGAAUUAUCUGCCCCUUCUUGAACGCGCUCGAUUCUGUCAUCUUUCACGGUUUUCCUAUCAUCAUUUACGUAGCUAUUCUCUUCCUGGAGCUGGUGAAUUUGUUCUGGUUGCCGGACACGUCUGGACGCAAUUUGUUGGACAACUUGGAGCAGAAGAAGGAUGGGGAUGAGGGGGAGGAGGAGGAGGAGGAGGAGGUGGUGGACGUAAGGGAUGAUGGUGAUGGUGGUGUUGACGAGGAGGAUGGAGAACCGAUUUGGGCGUCGACUGUGGACGAACUGGUCGCGUCCACGCAUGUGAUUCGCCCCACCACGGAUAUCCGGGAUGUCACCAAGGCGUGUCCGUUUGGCCGACAGACGACAUCCGUGGUUCAUUCCGCAGACGAGAUCAACGUGUAA